GGAGGGACGCGGGCCCCGCAGCUCCGAUCCCAGCCUCUGAGCUUCCCCAGCGAGUCCCGCAGCGACCCGGCGGCUGCGUGCAGAGUGUGCGGCCGGAGCGCGGGCCCGGGACGCGGACGGGAGAGCGGCGGCCGCGCGGAGGGAGCCCGGGGAGGCGGGACGCAGAGCGGGCGCGUGGCCCCGACCCGGCGGGAGCGGGAGCAGCUCUGGCGUGGAUGUCCCCAUCACUUGGCCUUUGGAGACUCAGUUGCUUUUUAAUGGCGGCAGCGGCUGUUGGAUGAGUAACUGGAGACUGGAGUUUGUUUUGACACCAGAGGGUCGCUUUGGCUUGGCUCCAUCACUGCUGGAUCGUUCCUUCCUGGCCCCUCCACUGUUGAAGGGAGAAGAUGCCACUGCCAUUUGGACUGAAAUUGAAACGCACCCGGCGCUACACUGUGUCCAGCAAGAGCUGCCUGGUUGCCCGGAUCCAGCUGCUCAAUAAUGAAUUUGUGGAAUUCACUUUGUCUGUGGAGAGCACUGGCCAGGAGAGCCUAGAAGCUGUAGCCCAAAGACUGGAGCUGAGGGAGGUCACUUACUUCAGCCUGUGGUACUACAACAAGCAGAGCCAGCGUCGCUGGGUGGAUUUGGAGAAGCCUCUAAAGAAGCAGUUGGACAAGCACGCUUUGGAGCCCACGGUCUACUUGGGAGUGGUGUUUUAUGUGCCGAACGUUUCCCAGCUGCAGCAGGAGGUCACCAGGUAUCAGUAUUACCUGCAGCUGAAGAAAGAUAUUUUGGAAGGAAACCUUCCCUGCACAUUAGAACAAGCCAUUCAGCUAGCUGGUUUAGCUGUUCAAGCUGAUUUUGGUGACUUUGAUCAGUAUGAAUCCCAAGACUUCCUUCAGAAAUUUGCCUUGCUUCCUGUGGGCUGGCUGCAGGACGAAAAUGUGCUGGAAGAAGCAACCCAAAAAGUGGCCUUACUACAUCAGAAAUACAGAGGGCUACCAGCUCCUGAAGCUGAAAUGCUGUACAUGCAGGAAGUAGAGAGAAUGGAUGGUUAUGGAGAGGAGAGCUACCCUGCCAAGGAUAGCCAAGGAAGUGACAUAUCCAUCGGUGCUUGUCUUGAUGGCAUCUUUGUGAAACAUAAGAAUGGAAGACCUCCUGUGGUAUUCAGGUGGCACGACAUUGCUAACAUGUCCCACAACAAGUCCUUCUUUGCAUUAGAGCUGACAAACAAAGAGGAGACCAUUCAGUUUCAAACUGAAGACAUGGAAACAGCGAAGUACGUGUGGAGGCUGUGUGUUGCACGGCACAGAUUUUACAGGCUAAACCAGUGUGACCUGCAAACUCAGACUGCCACCUUGAACCCAGUCAGGAGGGGCUCAUCUUCCAGGAUGUCUCUGCCUAAACCCCAGCCCUAUGCGAUGCCUCCCCCGCCCCAGCUGCAUUAUAACGGACAUUAUUCAGAGCCGUUUACUUCCUCCCAAGAUAACAUCUUUGUGCCCAACAAGAAUGGAUUCUAUUGUCACUCCCAGACAAGUCUGGACAGAACCCAAAUGGACCUCAGCGGCCGCAUCCGCAACGGCAGCGUCUACAGUGCACACAGCACGAACUCCUUAAAUACCCCCCAGCCCUACUUGCAGCCCUCCCCAAUGUCUUCCAACCCAAGUAUUACUGGCAGUGAUGUCAUGAGAGCUGACUACAUCCCGUCGCAUCGGCACAGCGCCCUGAUCCCCCCGUCUUACCGCCCCACCCCCGACUAUGAGACCGUGAUGAAGCAGCUCAACAGAGGCCUGGUGCAUGCAGGCAGGCACAGCCACUCGCUGAGGAACCUCAACAUCGGCAGUUCCUACGCAUACAGCAGGCCGGAUGCCUUGGUCUACAGCCAGCCUGAGAUCCGGGAGCAUGCGCACCUUACCUCUCCCCAGUCGGCUCACUACCCGUUUAACCUGAACUACAGUUUCCACAGUCAGUCUCCGUACCCCUACCCUGCCGAGAGGCGCCCCGUGGUGGGUGCUGUCAGUGUGCCUGAGCUGACAAAUGCGCAGCUCCAGGCCCACGACUACCCAGCUCCAAACAUUAUGAGAACCCAGGUAUACCGGCCACCCCCGCCGUACCCAUACCCGAGGCCGGCCAACAGCACCCCAGACCUGUCCCGUCACCUCUACAUCAGCAGCAGCAACCCGGAUCUCAUCACCAGGCGCGUCCACCACUCGGUGCAGACCUUCCAGGAGGACAGCCUGCCCGUGGCGCACUCUCUGCAGGAGGUCAGCGAGCCGCUCACAGCAGCUCGGCAUGCCCAUCUGCAGAAGAGGAACAGUAUUGAAAUUGCGGGCCUCACACAUGGCUUCGAAGGCCUGAGGCUCAAGGAGAGGACCAUGUCGGCCUCAGCGGCAGACGUGGCUCCGCGGACUUUCUCAGCCGGCUCCCAGUCCAGUGUCUUCUCUGACAGAACAAAGCAAGAGGAGGGUGAAGAACAGGAGAGCGACAGAUACAGCCACAAGAAGUCCCUUUCUGAUGCCACCAUGCUGAUACACAGCAGCGAGGAGGAAGAGGACUUGGACGAGGACAGCGGCAGAGCACACGCUGUCUCAGCUGUGUCCGAGCCCCGCCUGACCGCCACCUACUCUCAGGAGCAACAGCUAAGCUACCCCUGUGCUUCCGUGACCACAGUUGCCGGCCCCCUGCAUAUCCUUGAGCCCAAGUCCCAUUUUACGGAGCCCGAGAAGAGGGUGAAGGACAUCAGCCCUGUCCACCUGGUGGUGGAGACCCAUCGGCCCCGGAGAGAUGGGCUGCUGACCCCCUCCAUGUCCGAGUCUGACCUCACCACUUCAGGGAGGUACCGAGUGAGGAGGGACUCUCUCAAGAAAAGGCCAGUGUCAGAUCUCCUCUCGGGGAAGAAGAACAUCGUGGAAGGACUUCCACCACUCGGGGGAAUGAAGAAGACUCGAGCAGAUGCAAAAAAGAUCGGUCCCCUUAAGCUGGCUGCCCUCAAUGGACUCUCCCUGUCCCGACUGCCUCUGCCUGAUGAAGGGAAGGAAGUGCCCACCAGGGCAACGAAUGAUGAGAGGUGUAAGAUUCUGGAACAGCGCUUAGAGCAAGGAAUGGUCUUCACCGAAUAUGAAAGGAUUCUUAAAAAACGGCUAGUUGAUGGGGAGUGCUCAACAGCCAGGCUCCCUGAAAAUGCAGAAAGAAAUCGAUUCCAAGACGUGCUUCCCUAUGAUGAUGCGAGAGUAGAGUUGGUACCAACCAAGGAGAACAACACUGGCUACAUCAACGCGUCACAUAUUAAGGUCUCUGUCAGUGGAAUUGAAUGGGAUUAUAUUGCCACACAGGGGCCAUUACAAAAUACCUGCCAGGACUUUUGGCAGAUGGUGUGGGAACAGGGAAUCUCAAUCAUAGCAAUGGUGACAGCGGAAGAGGAGGGUGGCAGGGAGAAGAGCUUCAGGUAUUGGCCAAGGCUUGGUUCAAGGCACAACACCGUCACCUAUGGAAGGUUUAAGAUCACAACUCGCUUCCGCACGGACUCGGGCUGCUAUGCCACUACAGGCUUGAAGAUGAAGCACCUGCUCACAGGGCAGGAGAGGACAGUUUGGCAUCUCCAGUAUACAGACUGGCCCGAGCAUGGCUGUCCUGAAGACCUCAAGGGAUUUUUAUCAUACCUUGAAGAGAUCCAGUCUGUCCGGCGUCAUACAAACAGUACCAGUGAACCCCAAAGCCCCAACCCUCCAUUGCUGGUACAUUGCAGUGCUGGCGUGGGAAGGACUGGUGUCGUCAUUUUGUCAGAGAUCAUGAUUGCCUGUCUGGAGCACAACGAGGUGCUGGACAUCCCCAGAGUGCUGGACAUGCUAAGACAACAGAGAAUGAUGCUGGUGCAGACGCUUGGCCAGUAUACGUUCGUGUACAGAGUUCUCAUCCAGUUCCUCAAAAGCUCCAGGCUCAUUUAAGCUCCCACAUCCUUCUAUGGGGACCCAAUCAUGUGAAGUGUUUACAGCUUAAAGAAAAAAGAAAGAAAGAAAGACAGACAGAAAGAAAGAAGGAAAGAAAGACAGAAAGAAAAAAGAGAAAGAAAGAAGUGCUUGUGCGGCUCGUGUUUUGUCCCCAGCAGUCCCCUGUGGAGAUCCAGAGCAGGGGUGUGGUGUGAAGAGCUGACGAAACACCCUAAGCACAAGGCUGAGGAGGGAUGUGGACCUGGGCAGGCUGAGGAAGACCGGCGUGGUGCCCUGACCUCACCUGCCCAGUUUGCAGCACUUGCACACAUUUCGGAGUCUGUAUUUUCUAGAUGGUUCUCUGUCUUACUGAAGCUGCGCUGGGCAGUUCUGGCAAUCAUUAAGGCACACAGAUUUCUAUUUUAAGCUAGUUUUUGAUAAUGUAAUUUUAUGAGUAAAUAGGGUUUUUUUGUUUUGUUGUUUUUUUUUUUUUUUAGCUAGAAGCUGAACUUUUAUGUGGGGUGAGCCACAGACUGAGUGGUUCUUGAGUAACUGUAUUUAAAACCAUUAUUAGCUUUUGUUUAAGAACAAAACCCAUGGGGAACUAAGUGGUUCAUUCACCAAAUCCAAAACUAAAGAAAAUCUAAAGGUGUUAUUUUGAAAUAUAGAAAGCAUUUUUAUAUUCAGAAUGUUUUUUAGCCUAAAAGUUAUAUAUAUUUGUACCUUCUAUAUUUUCCAAAUAAGAGCUCAAUUUGUUAUGAUGCUGAGUCAGUUAAUGUGAAUUUGGGGAUAAAGGCACAUUAUUUAAAAACAUCAAAGAAUCAGAUUCACUGUGUUUUCAGUAUUAUUAAUAAGCAUAAACGAGUUUGAUUUUAUUGGUUGAAAAUGAAGAAAGCAGUUGCAUAGGAUGGUUUUAAGCACUUUUUUGUUAAAAAUGAGUUUAAUAUAUGUGGCUUUAUAUUUUAAACAACAACAGUGGACACUAUUUCAGAGAAAAGGGCUACGAGUAUGUAAGAUGACUAGGACAAGAGUAAGUGCCUGUCGUGGUCACGCAGGACAGCUUGGUCGUUACAGAAACGCAGUAUUAUGUAUAAUCACACUGAGAGCUGAGGUGGAGAGUGAGGUCUCUGAGCUUGGGGGUAGACCCCAGGGGGCUAUGCACAGGGAAUUCAAGGUCUGCCAUUGUCAGUGAUGUACUUCCUUUAUUUGGGGUUCCCUGUACUUUUUCCCCCUACAACCAAGUUCAGGUUUGCAUUAUCAUUAAAAGGCUUGGUUUUCUUUAGGUUGAAAGAAGGAAACAGUUAAGGAGUGGUUCCUUUCCCGCAACCACAUCCCAAACUUAUGGGGCCACCAGAAAUGGCUGUAGUAUUCAGGGAGUACUUGAAUUUAGCACCUUAAUCCUGUCCUCACCCUGGGAUCACUUCUAGGCACUUGGUCCUCCUCUAUCUGGCUGGUCAGAACCAGAUCAGGUCUGAAGGGGAGAGUGUUGUCCUUGCUUUGUUAGAAGUGGAGGACAAGCUGGUACCUUUGGCUGACCCCCCUCUCCCACUCUCCCCACACCGGAUUCUGCUUCACCGUGUAGACCUUCUAGAAUGUUGGAUCUAGGAUUAGCUCCCAAAUGAUAAUGUUCUGCCCUCAUUCUGAUUUGAUCUCUGUGGUGAGCUUCACCUUACAUGACAGACAGGCACCAGCCCAACUAAGCACAGUAGACUCACAUGGAAAGCACGCCCCAGGAUGGUAUUGGAGGUUUGGGUGGUGUAUGUUCCAUCUCAUACCAUAUGAAGGACAGGACUUUUUCUUCCAAUGGUACGUUGUUUGAAGACGCUUUCAGUCACACUUAAACAUCUGGAAAUAUCCCACUGACAAGAACAUAUUGUAAAACAAAACUUUAAUUAAAGAGUAAUAUAUGGCA